AUGGAUGUUUUCCUCGAUGUCUGUGAUACUUUCUUCUUUGACAGGUUGUACGCUAUCAUCUUGCCAGACAGGGCAGCGACACUAGCAGGGUCUUCUGAAGGAGACAGUAUUCGAUUAUACAACCAACAUGUCAAGCAAUAUUUCCCUCUGCAACCUUCUCAAUGGGCUGGGCUAAGCUCUUGGAAACGCGAACAUCUUUCUAGACAGGCAUUAUCGCUGUUUCUGAUUACAUGGCUUUUCGGGAUGGCCAUGUACUUGAUCGGAAGCACACUCCUUUACCACACAUGCUAUGACAAAAGACUCCUACACCACCCGAAAUUCCUCCCCAGACAGAUACAGCAAGAAAUCCAACAAAGCCUCAAAGCAAUGCCCAUAAUGGCCCUUUUAACGAUGCCCAUUUUCCUUGCAGAGAUACAAGGCUGGACCAAACUAUACGAUUUCAGCAGCGGCACCUCCGACGAAGGAACUUCCACAUUCUAUAUCCCGAGUCACAUCUACACAUGGCUCCAAUACCCGCUUUUCAUAAUGUUCACCGACUCUGGGAUAUACUGGAUUCAUCGCGGUCUGCAUCAUCCUUCCGUCUAUCGAUGGGUGCACAAGAGACAUCACAAAUGGGUUGUUCCGACCCCUUAUGCGAGCUAUGCAUUCAAUCCAGUUGAUGGAUGGAUGCAGAGUCUUCCGUAUCACAUUUUCCCUUUUCUGUUUCCCUUACAGAAAGUGGCUUAUUUGGGGCUUUUUGUUUUUGUUACGCUGUGGACUGUUCUGAUUCAUGACGCAGAGUACAUCUCAAAUUCGCGAGUUAUUAAUGGUGCUGCUUGUCAUACGAUGCACCAUCUAUAUUUCAACUAUAACUACGGACAGUUCACCACGUUCUGGGAUCGGGUGAAGGGGACUUAUCAAACACCGGAUGGGGACGGUAUUGUCAAAGCCUUUGAUGAGAAUGAAAAUGGGGAUCAGGCUUUGAAAAAGGUGGAUUAG